AUGAGCUCUGAUCACACGAUUGACAAUGUCUUCUCUCCCUCGAGUCUCCUGUCCACCCUGGCUGUGGUGCUCUUUGGGGCCGGAGGUGACAGUGAAUCUCAGAUGGAAAAGUUGGUGCUGUCAGCACCAUCUCCUUCUGAGAAAGGCCAAACCCAAACUACGCCUUUCAGGAUGGACGAGUCCCAGAGCAAAGCUGUGCUGGUGAUGAGGCAGCAAGAACCCUUGAGACGGAGUUUCAUAAAGGAGCCUGGGGCCCGGGUCCUUGAGGUACCUGAUGCUGAAGAUCAACUGAGUAUGGGCAUCCUCCUGCCCAGUGAGGACUUUGGCCUGGGACAGGCUACCAAGGAACUCAAUGAGAAACUAAAAAGCUGGAUGGGCUCAGCCAACUGGGAAGACACUGUGGUUCUGCCCCUGGCCCAACCUGAUGGGUGCCAUGAAGAGUUGGCUCCCACACUGGCAGCUGUGGGAAGGACUGAUGUCUUUGACCACUCAAGGGCUGACUUGUCUGGCAUAACUGCAGGACGAAGCCUCAAGGUCUCCAAGAUAAUCCACGAGGUCCUGCUAGCGGCUCCUGAAGGGGCUUCACAGCGAGCCCUUCCCAACCAAACAAGCAAAGUAAAAAAUCCUGAAACCUUCGAGGUGGAUCAUCCUUUCCUCUUCCUUACCCUUCACAAGGAAACCACGACUCUUCUUUUCUAUGGCGGACUUUUUGCCCCUUUAGCAAGAGAGCGAAUUUAUAUUCAAACAGCUUUCUGA